AUGGUGGCAGUUGUUGGUGGAGAGAGGGAGAGGGAGAGGGAGAUGGAGAUGGAGAUCGGAAAGUGGGAAAUCGUUAACGGAAAGUUGGAGUAUGUUGCUGAUGCUGAUUCAAGUAGACGUGGUUUAGAAAUUGAACCCAACCUUUCAUACACUGCUCUUCUAAGGUUUUGUGCUGGAUCAUCUAGUUUUUCACCUCCAAAAAAAUUUUUAGUUCCUGAUUUAAAUUUCUGUACUGAUGAAGAAAAUUAUGAUGUUGUAAACGACUACCAGCCAAAUCCUGAUAAUUCAUUUGAAAAUUGUUUGCGAUCUUCAUCAGUUACUUUUGAACCAGGUCACGUAUUUAAUAACAAAGAAGACAUGAAACUCGAGUUGGGAAAAAAAUGUUUGUUAGAACACUUUGAGUUUAAAGUAGAUAGAUCCUCUAAAACUCGGUACCAAGUGUCAUGUUUGGUGGACGGUUGCGUUUGGCGUUUUCAUGCAAGGAGUUUUGGAGAUAGUGGGGUGUUUUUUGUUAAGAGUUUUAACGAUAAACACACGUGCUCGAAGACACUAACGUACCCACAUGUUCGUCAGGCAAACCCAAAUGUUGUUGCUCAUUAUUUAAAAGAACCUUUAAAAGACAGUGGUAGAAUAUAUCGUUGUAAUGAAAUAGUGAAAGAUUUUAGACAAAGAUUCCAAGUUGAGAUAACCACUAGUCAAGCUUGGCGUGGAAAAAGUCUGGCACUAGAGCUUUUACAAGGAUCAAGCAGAGACUCGUUUGCAGAACUACCAUUUUACUGUUACAAUCUAGAGCGGGCAAAUCCUGGUUCUGUUACACAUAUCAAGACUGAUGACGAGCGUCGGUUUGAAAUGGUCUUUGUCGCGAUUGGUGCUGCGAUUCGUACCUUUAUCUGUAAUCUAAGACCGGUGGUGAUCAUUGAUGCUGCACACCUAAAGGGUGAAUUUAAAGGGACGUUAUUUUUAGCAGUCAGGAUGGAUGGAAACAACCAAAUUUUACCAAUUUCCUAUGGAAUAGGAAAAUCAGAGGAUGGUGAAUCUUGGAUGGUUUCUGUCAAAGCUUAA